CGAACUGCCCCGCGCUCUCGCCGCGUGGAGAGCCCAAACCGCCACUGCUUCCGCGUUAGUGGGCGGGGCACCAGAAAACCCCGCCUCUCCACCAACUGCAGGGGAGGCUAGCGCGGCCAGGAAGGGCGCAUGCGCAUUGAAAACCCUGACACCGCUGCCCUCAGUGCCCUGUCCGGGGUGGGGCCCAGCCCAUCGCGGGUCAUCUGCUGCAGCUGCUGGUUUGGCUUCAGCCGCGUCCACGUGUCUGAGGAAAUCUCCGCGCGCCCCGCCCCCAAGUGGCAGGGUUCCGGGGGUGGGGGGGUGAGGAUGCCCCUCAGCCCUGGACAGAGCUGCUGCAGUGUCAUCCUCACUGCUCCCUCCCCUCACCCCAGAGUAAUACAAGGGUCAGACCCUCUCAGGUGGCUGUGACACAGGCAGGUACCCACAUUCUACCUGAGCUCCCUGUCCCCUCCUGGCUGAAAUUCAGGUCCUUGCUUUGUAAAGUCUCUGCCUUUCAGAUGAGGUCUUAAAAGCUGAGAUCCUGUCUACUUUGUAUGUACAUUAAAGAUUCCAUUGUAUUUUCACAAUAAGAGGGGUGCUGCAUGGCCUGGGCCUAGGAUAUUUUAAAAAUUGCCAAAAUCUCCAGGAUGAAGACCGUGGCCAAUAACUACAUUCCUCUGGCACAAUGGAACUCCCUGCAGUAAGGUUUUGGAGUUGCAAGCUUCUUCACAGUUGAAGGCACAGGGACCAAAUUCAUUAUAAGAGCCAGGCAGCCCCAGUGAUUAGGGCUGCCUAAAUGUAACUGAGAACAAUCUGUACUGAGGAUGUUGUUCUACUGCAUCUUCUUGACACCAUCGUGGGGCAUAACACUGGGUGGGAUUCAUCAAAAGGGGAAUAGAUAGGCCUACAGUAUCCUGCAAUAAUCCAGUCCUCCCCUUUGGUGCAAGAGAGUGGCAAAUUGCUCAGCGCAACAUUUGUCAGCGGAUCGUAGCAUUGGGACAUGGCGCAAGGAAAUAAUUAUGGGCAAAGCAGCAACGGGGUGGCUGAUGAAUCCCCAAACAUGCUGGUAUACAGAAAGAUGGAAGACGUCAUAGCACGCAUGCAGGAUGAGAAAAAUGGGAUUCCUAUUCGUACAGUCAAAAGUUUUCUUUCCAAGAUUCCCAGUGUCUUUUCUGGUUCAGACAUUGUUCAGUGGUUAACGAAGAAUUUAGCUAUAGAAGACCCAGUGGAAGCUCUACAUUUGGGGACGUUAAUGGCAGCCCAUGGCUAUUUCUUUCCAAUCUCAGACCAUGUUCUAACACUAAAGGAUGAUGGCACCUUUUACCGGUUCCAAACACCCUAUUUUUGGCCAUCAAAUUGUUGGGAGCCGGAAAAUACAGACUAUGCGGUUUACCUCUGCAAGCGAACAAUGCAAAACAAAGCACGGCUUGAGCUAGCAGACUAUGAAGCAGAGAGUUUGGCCAGGCUACAGAGAGCAUUUGCCCGGAAGUGGGAGUUUAUUUUUAUGCAAGCUGAAGCACAAGCAAAAGUGGACAAGAAAAGAGACAAGAUAGAAAGGAAAAUCCUUGAUAGCCAGGAGCGAGCAUUUUGGGAUGUACACAGACCGGUGCCUGGAUGUGUAAACACUACUGAAGUGGAUAUAAAAAAGUCUUCAAGAAUGAAAAAUCCUCACAAAACAAGAAAGUCUGUCUAUGGAUUACAAAAUGACAUUCGAAGUCAUAGUCCUACCCACACACCAGUACCAGAAACUAAGCCACCCACAGAAGACGAAUUACACCAAGAGAUAAAAUAUUGGCAAAUACAGUUAGAUAGACAUCGAUUAAAAAUGUCAAAAGUUGCAGAGAGUCUGUUAGCUUACACAGAGCAGUAUGUGGAAUAUGAUCCAUUUCUUGUGCCGCCUGACCCCUCUAACCCUUGGCUAUCAGAUGACACUACAUUCUGGGAACUAGAGGUCUGCAAAGAGCCAGGGCAACAGAGGGUAAAGCGAUGGGGCUUUGGCAUGGAUGAAGCAUUGAAGGACACAGUGGGGCGAGAGCAGUUUCUCAAGUUCCUGGAGUCGGAGUUCAGCUCAGAAAACUUAAGGUUCUGGUUAGCAGUUGAAGAUUUGAAGAAGAGACCUAAUCGUGAAGUACCUGUUCGAGUUCAGGAAAUCUGGCAGGAGUUUCUUGCUCCAGGAGCUCCCAGUGCCAUCAAUCUUGAUUCAAAAAGUUAUGACAAAACCACACAGAAUGUGAAGGACCCAGGAAGAUACACAUUUCAAAAUGCUCAGGAGCACAUUUACAAACUGAUGAAAAGUGAUUCCUAUCCUCGUUUUAUACGAUCCAGUGCCUACCAGGAGCUGCUACAGGCCAAGAAAAAGUUGGAAAACACACUGGAUCGUCGAACAUCUUUUGAGAAAUUCACACGCAAUGUGGCAUUACAGACUCCGAGGGACUCUCUAACCUUUCGAUGCCUCCAUUUUGAAAAUUGUCUGCUCACUUCCUCCUUCAUAUCAAGCUGGAUCUGUGUCAUUUUAUUUUCUGCAAGCUCAAGUACAGUGAAAAAAAAAAGCUUCUGCUAGACACAGUUUAUUAAAAAAAUACUGUCCGUUCACAAACUGGAAGAAAUGUAAAAAAAUAUGCAUAUACUAAUAAAUAUACAUAUGGCAUCACAUUUAUUGCACAAUAAAUUAGCACAGCAGGUUCCAUUUCACUGACGUAUUCACACUGAGAAAGAAAGCCUGUGUCUUUGUCUGUUGUCUGUAUAUUCUUUGUUAAUGUUUCUUGCAUUUAUUUUUAUACCAUAUUUAAAAAAGUACACCUUUUAAU